UCUGCCAAGCCAGAUGAAUAUCUACAAAUUUAUUGGAUUGUUUAAGUGAGCAUAUUCUCAUUUACUGAAGACAAAAAACAAUGAUGUAACAGUCAUGGUAGGAUAACUGUAUUGAACCUACCAAGCACAGGCCCAGGUGGUCAAGGGGUCAGGGGCCCCUAGGCCAGAGCCUCUAUUUGAAGUGACUGUUGACAUUUCUAGCUGCAAAGUCUCAGAGCUAAGUUCAGUUAAAACUAGAGAUGUCCUGAUCACAUUAUUUGCCUCUUGUCCUUAUCAAAGUCUUUUAAUAUUGAGAUUUUUCUGUCAUACUACAACUGUACAGCAUACUAAUGCUACAGUAACCAUUCAUUAAUAUGCAGUACAAUUAAUAAAGCAAUAUAAAUCAGUUUUUCCUUAAGAAAAUAUAAUCUACAUCACAGGCUUUCUUUGAUAGUUUCAUAGUGUUUUAUAUAGUGUGCAUGGGUAUAUUACAGAAUGGGCCCAAGCCCAGGGGCCCAAGGGCUCAGGGGGCCCCUAAGCCAGAGCCUCUGCGUGAAGUCACUGUUAUUUCUUGACGCAUGGUCAUUUGUGUCAAUAACAGAGCCCCAAAAGUCCUACUGAGAAAGUGAAGGAAUAGCAUAAACAUUCACUUUGAGGAUGUCAGAAGAAAGAAGCCAUCAUGAUAACUUUUAAGUGUGCUGUAAAUCCUGCUGAGGUACAAGUGAAUUUAGUUAUUGAGCUGUUGGCUGCAAGUCAGCGUACCUGUCCUGCCAGGGGGGGUUUACACGUCUGUGCCCAUGGCUGACACAUUAAAGUAACCAAAAGCAGAUGUUCCCUAUCUGAUACCAUGAUAAAAGAUUGUUUUCAUUUUGCCCACCCCCAGAACACACAAGCAGACACAAGCGUGCACACACAGAGUAGAAAGGGCCUCACCAGGAGCAUACAACCUUUGAACAGAUUUUUAAAAGCUCAUAUUUUUGCCAGACAGACUCUUGUCAUGUGUUGAAUUUAGUUUUUCUACUCAUAUGGAUAAGGACUGUGACCUCGGGUUAUGUCCGGAGGUCACAGUCUCUUGCCGGGGUUAUUGUUUUUUCUGCGUAUGGUCACUUGUAUUUAUCGUGGGAGCACACGUGAUGAGAUCAAAAGCCUUACGGCUGGGCCUCUCUGAGGGAGACAGCCACAGCCAGGCACAACGAAAGGGUUCAUAGCCUGGGCAGGACGGUUUCAAGGAUUGUGCAGAGAUCGAACAUGCCCCCUGCAGCAGCAACCAAUCUAGGCUACACCCCACCAGAUGGAGGCUGGGGCUGGGCUGUCGUCUUCGGCGCUUUCAUCUCCGUAGGAUUCUCCUAUGCCUUUCCCAAGUCACUUACCAUCUACUAUAAGGAGAUUCAGGAAUAUUUUUCGGUUUCCUACAGUGAGAUUGCCUGGGUGUCCUCUGUCAUGCUUGCUUCUAUGUAUGCAGGAGGACCUGUGAGCAGUACACUUGUCAAUCGCUAUGGCAGCAGACCUGUGGUUAUGGUCGGUGGGGUCAUGGUUUGCACUGGCAUGGUGCUCGCUUCUUUUGGCACUUCUAUCAUUCAUCUCUAUCUUUGUGUUGGAGUAAUUGGAGGUUUUGGCCUUGCCUUCAAUUUGCAGCCGGCCGUGACGAUCAUAGGUACCUACUUCCAGGCCAAAAGACCGCUGGCAAAUGGACUCGCUAUGACAGGAAGUCCGGUUGUUCUGUUCACUCUUGCUCCUCUCAAUCAAUUUCUGUUUGAUUCUUUUGGCUGGAGAGGGAGCUUCCUCAUCCUGGGAUCCAUUACUUUGAACUGCUGUGUGGCUGGUUCUCUGAUGAGACCAGUCAACAAAAAUAUCCAACCCAAGCCAAAAACUGAGCUACCAGAGUGUAACGGGGGUGAGGAAGCUGCUACUGCUGACACCAUUGCACACACAGAUGACCUCCUAUCUGAAGAAACCCAAAAUGAGAGCAGUAGUCAGAGCUGUUUGCAAAAAUUUGUAGAUUUCUCACUUUUCAGACACCGGGGUUUCCUCAUUUAUCUCAUUGGUAAUGUGGUUAUGUUUUUUGGCUUUUUCGCCCCUGUGGUUUUUCUGGCCCCUUAUGCCAAACAUCAAGGGAUUGAUGAAUAUUCAGCAGCUUUCUUGCUCUCUAUUUUUGCUCUAUCGGACAUGUUCAUCAGACCGACAACUGGCCUCAUAGGAAACACCAAAUGGAUUAGGCCAAGAAUCCAAUAUUUUUUCAGUUUUGCUGUUUCAUACAGCGGUGUAUGUCACCUUUUAUGCCCGCUGGCAUCUGGAUAUUUGGGUCUGGCAGUUUAUGCUGUCUUCUUUGGUUUGGGUUUUGGGAUGGUUUCUGCACUGCUCUUUGAAGUUCUCAUGGACCUUGUUGGAGCUCAUCGCUUCUCAACUGCAGUUGGGCUUGUCACCAUUAUCGAGUGUGGCCCAGUGCUUCUUGGACCCCCACUUUCAGGAGCUCUGGUUGAUAUUUUUGGGGAUUACAAGUACAUGUACUUCGCGUGUGGUGUGUUCAUGCUGACGCCUGGCAUAUUUUUCUUCAUCAUGAACUACUACAACUACAAGAAACUGGAUGAGGAGCAGAGGCAGAGUGUGGCUGUGAAGAUGAGGACUUCUGAAGAGGCAGUACAACUUAAAAUGAGCCAUGAUGAGAAAACAGCACAUGAGACAAAUGGAUGAAAGUGCUGAAUAUGAUUUUAUUUUUAGUGGAUGUAGAAAGAUGACACUGUACAGGUUUUACUGCAGGACAGACAGUUUUUGGGCUGUUAUUGCUAGAAAUUACUUUCCACCUUUGAUCAGGUUGUUGGACUCUUUGGACAUUUGGUGAAUAUCUGUAGAUGAACAUUUGGUAUUUUAAUGGUUAUUUUAUAUACAGUAUGUUCUUAUUAUUACAUUAUGUGACAACUGCAGGCUUUCGAUCAUAAAUCAUCUAGAAGUGUCUCUAUACCUUCAGGUGCAAUUAUCUUAAUGGCUCUAUAAGUUAAUAUGUUUCUUCAGUGGCUGAAUAUAGUCAUUUUCAUGAGGGACUGGUAUAAGAUAGUGAAUAAAAACCUAUAACACAGAGCCAUGCUGCUACAGUUUAUCAUCUUCUUACCACUAGAUGGCACUGGAUACUACCAUGUGAGAAAUGAAGGUGCCACACGUCUCUGAUAUUAAACUGCAAUUAAAUAGCAGGGACCUCACUGGUGGUUUAGUUCUUUUGUGGUCAUGACCCUCCAACGGGCUGCCUGAUAUUGUGAAUGGGUUACUAAGGGUGGAGAAAUUA